AUGAAUACAGUAUCGAAUUCAUCUCAGGUCACCCAUGAUGCCAAUAAUUCACGUGAAAUUAUUAUUGAUGAUCCGUUGUUAUUCGAUAACAAUAGUAAUAAAUUGCCACCAAUAGAAAAAGUAUCGACAACAACAAUCAGAAAUUUUCGUCGUAGCCUCUAUGGUCUUCCAUUCACCACUACACCACGUACUUCUUCAACAUCAUCAACAUCAUUGUCACCAGCGCUAUUAUUUUAUCACCUUUAUUCACUUAAUGUUUUACAGCAUCAAUCAAAUGGUACUAUUCGAUCGUCAACAAAAACGUGUGGAACAACAGCAACAUCCAUUCGCACAAAUGUAUCAUUAUCAGUACAGCCAGCAUUGACUUCAAAAUCUUCCAUAGAUACUAAACAAAAGCAAACCUGCUUUUACCAAUAUCGUUAUCGAUGUAUAUGUGUUCUUAGUAUAAUUCUAAUACUUUUCUUGUUAACUAUUCUUCCUUUCAUAUUUACUUCAAAUUUUUUCAUUCGUUUAUCAUCAUGUGAUUGUCCAGUUGGAUAUGAAAGAAGUUUAUCAACGUCAUCAUCAUCAUGCACAUGCAUAGAUCGAAAUGAAUGUCUUAAUUCUGCUGGAUUUCAUAUAUGUACUGGUCUUAAUAUGCAAUGUAUAAAUACUAUGGGUAGUUAUAUAUGUCGUUGUCGACCAGGUUUUAUACGAGAAAUUCAUCAAGACUCGUGUGUUGAUAUUAAUGAAUGUAAUCUUUAUACACCAUGUAACACAAGUAUAAGUAAUUGCAUUAAUUUACCAGGCCGCUACUAUUGUCAAUGUUUAAUAAGUCAAACAAAUAAUGAACAAUGUGUACCAAGAAAUAUUUGUGCAGAGCAAAAUGAUUUAUGUGGUCCUUACAGUGAAUGUGUUGUAUCGUCAUCAAACGGAUACAAUUGUGAAUGUCUACCUGGUCAUAUAAUGCACGAAAAUGGACAAUGCUCAAAAAUAAAUGAAUGUGAGAUGACACCAUCAUUAUGUGAACGUGGCCGUUCAUGUAUAUUAACUCGAGACCGUUUUGAUUGUUGUACUUCGAAUAGAACAAAAAAUGAUACUGGUGAAUGUGCAGAAUGUGGUUUACCUAUUAAUCGACGACUAGCACGCAUUGUUAAUGGUGAUCGUUCUUAUCGUGGACAAUGGCCAUGGAUGGCUGUAGUAGGUGUUUACUUUCGUGAUGAUACAAACCGUUGGAUAAAUAUAACACAAAAAUGUGCUGCAACAUUAAUAGCUAAUCGCUAUCUAUUAACUGCUGCACAUUGUCUUAGUAAUCAAUUACCAACAUUCGAUACUAUGCGUUUACCCAAUCGUUAUCAAUCAUCAUUAAAAGAUACAUAUCGUGUAUCAUUUGAUGUUAUCGAUAUUGAAAACGAUAUCGUUAAUAGUAGAAAUACAAAUAAAAAUGAAAGCAACGAAAAGCAGCAAUCACGUACAUUUACACUUGAACAUGCUUGUAUUCAUCCCGGUUUUAAUCAUAAUACACUUUUACAUGAUAUAGCUAUAUUAAAAUUAAAACAACCAAUUGUACGAAGUUCACUAAUUGAUACGAUUUGUUUAGCAACAAAUGAACAAUCGAUUGAUAAUGGUACUAAAGUUUGGGUUGCUGGUUGGGGUUCGAAUGCUGAAUAUAGUUCAAGUCUUAAUGUUCUCAUGCAUGCCGAUUUACAAAUGCUUCCACCAUCGUUUUGUUCAUCCAUUGAAUCACAUGAUUAUCAAUUAUGUGCUGGUUGGUCUGAUGGUAAAAAAGAUGCUUGUCGUGGUGAUUCAGGUGGACCGCUAAUGUUAUAUAGCAACAAUCGGUGGCAUAUUAUUGGUAUUGUAUCAUUUGGUGAUGGUUGUAGUCGAGCUAAUAGUGGUGGAGUUUAUACGCGUGUAUCAGCUUAUCAUAAAUGGAUUCUUGAUACAAUGUCUUCGUCAACAAUUCCAUCGAGCUGCAGUUCAUUCUAUGAUUAUACUCAAAUUGUUACUGAUAUUUCAACAGUUAAUUAA